AUGGCUGUGGACAUGGAGGGUGCGGCGGGUGCGGAUGCGGCAGAACGGCAAAAGGGGCACGCUGCAGAGGCGACAAAGUGGCAUCAUGCAGGCUGCUUUCCGAAGAUCAAGAAGCCAGCUUGGUUUCGUCAACACUUACCAGAGAAUGAUGAGGACAUCACUGGGUUUGACAGCCUGAGACAGGAAGAUCAAGACCGAGUCAAAGAAGUCUUGAAGACUUGCAGGGGCGAGGAUGUUCAGGAUGGCAAGAGAAAGCCAGAUGCCUCGGACAGGCCUUCGAAGAAGGCAAAGGUUGCCGAGGAAGGGAAGGCAAGAGAAGAUGCUGAAGCAAGCGCUUUGUCAGCGCAGCAGAGGGAAGCUAUCGAUACUCUCAAGGCAGAGCUCUCCAAGAAGAGUGUCGCUGCCCUGGGCUGCAUGCUUCACAAGAACGGGCUUCCGAAGUCCGGACGGAAGGAGGAGCUUCUGGAACGCGUCGCCGAAGCCAAGGCUCUGGGUGUUCCGCCUGUGUGCCCAACUUGUGACAAAGCCAAGCUCCGAUUCUCAAGAGUCUCCGGCGACUUCAGCUGCCCUGGAUUCUUCGACGACGAAGCAAAGCGCCACAAGCGCUGCAAGGGUCCAAGUGCCGAAGCCAUGCUUGUGCGCACGUGCUGGCAGGAGAUGGGGGCAUGA